UUCCCUUGGCCAGGUCCAGCUACCGUAGAGGCGCAGACACUCGAAAUUCUUAAUAGGAGAGUAAGGCAAGGCAAGCCAGACUUCACUUGCUGCAAGGGUUUAAAGGGUGAUAAAAAUGUCGAUUCUCUGGGAGAAGAGCGAAACAUGGAGAUGGAUAGUGAGGAAGACUAGAGACUCUAAGUCCUUCUUUUUUACCUUCGCCACCGUCUGCGGCGUUGUUCCUGGUGUUAUCGGCUAUUGCGUCAUGCAGCUCACAAACUCCCGCAACCCAGAGCUUGAGGCCCGUCUCCGCCAGAACGCCCGCCCUGAAUCCCUAAUGAUGGGGAAAGUUAAUCAAGAGCGACUAGCAGAAUACUUGGGAGAGCUGCAGCGAAAGCAGGACACAAAUGAUCGCUACGUUGCUGCUUUGAAAGGAGAGACAUUAACCCGGAAUCCUUAUGUAAGAAUUCAACCAAUACCAAAGCAAGACAACAUGGAAUCUGACAAGGAGCAGAAGAUUGAAAAGGACAAAAAGUAGUAGAUUUGUAAUUGGGUCUUUGCUGGAUGUUACAUACUGAUUCCGGUUAUUAUUAUAUGGUGGCAGAGCGAGAACAGUUUUUGAUGUUGUGCAAACUGAUAGCAUGCUGGGUUUGUUUCGGACUGCAAAUUAUACUCUGUACUGUUUAGGUUUUUUUAUCCCCUCAAUUGCGUUCCAUAUUAGCCUUUUCUUGGUAGCAGUGGAUGGGAUUACCUAGGCUUGAAUCUGGGUCUUGUGAAUGAAAACAAUAAUGUAUGUUUAGCUGCA